UUGUUUGCUGAGAGUCCUCCAGUAUCCCACAAUGCCUUCGCUCCUUCUCUGACCUCUCGGCGAUUUCCGUUGCCUGCUAAAGUCUGUGUGUGUGUGUUGCAUGGUGGGACCGAUGACCGCUUCGAAGCCCAUCGAACCAGUGGCCGGGUCCGGACUGCCCCGGUGGCAGCUGGCGCUGCUGGUCGGGACUCCCAUCGUGCUGGGGGUCGGAGCCGCGUACCUGUGGAGCCGGGGCCGGAGCCGGAGCAGCGGCAAGGAUCAGCCGAGUGAGCGCAAUGAGGAGAGGAAAACUCCCGAAGGCAGCGAGCAGGACAACAUGAGUCCUCUAGAUAAGGCACAGGCUGCUAAGAACAGGGGUAACAAGUAUUUCAAGGCUGGCAAGUACGAGCAGGCCAUCCAGUGCUACACUGAGGCCAUCAGCAUGUGCCCCAAAGAACAGAAGAGUGACCUGUCCACGUUCUACCAGAACAGAGCUGCAGCAUACGAGCAGCAGGCGAAAUGGACCGAAGUGGUGGAGGACUGUUCUCAGGCUGUCGAGAUGAACCCGCGCUACGUCAAAGCUCUCUUUAGGCGUGCCAGAGCCCUCGAAAGACUAGACAACAAAAAGGAGUGUCUGGAAGAUGUGACAGCUGUAUGUAUACUCGAGGCCUUCCAGAACCAGCAAAGCAUGCUACUGGCAGACAAAGUGCUGAAACAGCUGGGAAAAGAGAAAGCCAAGGAUAAAUACAAGAACCGGGAGCCUCUAAUGCCAUCGCCACAGUUUAUCAAGUCCUACUUCAGCUCCUUCACCGAUGACAUCAUAUCGCAACCCCUUCAGAAGGGGGAGAAGAAAGACGAGGACAAGGAUAAGGAGGGCGAGGCUGCUGAGGUCACAGAGAGCUCGGGCUAUCUGAAGGCCAAGCAGUACAUGGAAGAGGAGAACUAUGAUAAGAUCAUCAGUGAGUGCACUAAGGAAAUCGAAUCUAAGGGCAGACACACUGCCGAAGCUCUGCUGCUAAGAGCCACUUUCUACCUGCUCAUCGGCAAUGCCACAGCUGCUCAGCCCGACCUGGACCGAGUCAUCAACAUGCAGGACGCCAAUGUCAAGUUGCGAGCAAAUGCUCUGAUAAAACGUGGCAGCAUGUACAUGCAGCAGCAGCAGCCACAGCUCUCCACCCAAGACUUCAACAUGGCAGCCGAAAUAGAUCAUCGGAACGCGGACGUCUAUCACCAUAGAGGACAGCUGAAGAUCCUGCUGGACCAGGUCGAGGAGGCAGUGACAGAUUUUGACGAGUGUAUCCUGCUCAGGCCUGACUCUGCCCUGGCACAGGCACAGAAGUGCUUUGCUCUGUAUAGACAGGCGUACACCGGAAACAGCCCAUCUCAAGUGCAGACAGCCAUGGAUGGCUUCGAGGACGUCAUCAGAAGGUUUCCAAAAUGUGCAGAAGGCUAUGCCCUUUAUGCACAGGCACUGACUGACCAGCAGCUGUUUGGGAAGGCAGAUGAGAUGUAUGACAAAUGUAUUGAACUGGAGCCUGAUAAUGCCACAACCUAUGUCCAUAAAGGGCUGCUGCAGCUCCAGUGGAAGCAGGAUCUGGACAUGGGCUUGGAUCUGAUUAGCAAAGCCAUUGAGAUUGACAACAAAUGUGACUUUGCCUAUGAAACAAUGGGAACCAUUGAAGUCCAGAGAGGCAACCUGGACAAGGCCAUAGAUAUGUUCAACAAGGCCAUUAACCUUGCCAAGUCUGAGAUGGAGAUGGCCCAUCUGUACUCACUCUGUGAUGCUGCCUAUGCACAGACCGAGGUGGCCAGGAAGUACGGGCUCAAGCCCCCAACAUUGUAACCCCCCACCACCAAAUCCCACAAUUGCUGAGCCUGAAUACACAUCUCAUAUCCAUGAACAUUUGAGUUAUUUCAUUUUUGUGUAAGGUGUUAAUCCAUCAUCACAAGAGAGGAGGGCAGAGUCUGCUCUGGAGUCAUGCGAUCAUGUUUACCCCAUUGUGAUCAGCAUGAUAGAAAGGUGAGGGAAUCUGAGCCGAGGCAGAAAAAAGACGGGGAGAAAGAGAAAUCGGUUCUCAGCGGCCUGGCACUUGUGGUGAAAACUAAUACCACCCUUCAUAAAGCAUGCACACACUGCACUUAGUGUCACGUAUUAUGCGCCCUUUUGAAAUCCCUAAAUAAUUUGAAGUCUUGUAAUAUCAACCUAUGUUAAAACUAGUGUUAGUAAUUUCAAACAAAUUCCCCUAAAAAGUUUAAUGCUUUGGGUUUUUUUUUUUAUUUUUUAUUGAGUCACUAACAUAUUUUCCAUAGAUAUCUGCGUGCCUACUGUUGGAGAAGUGAUUCGUUUUCUGAUAUUUUUGCUUGUUGGGAUGAUGAACUGUUCCAGUGUGCUUGACAGUUUGGCCAUUGUCACAUUGUAGAACUCAAUAUACAUCAUUGUUUUAUGGGAAGUGCUGGAUGCAUUGUUUCAGUUAAUUUGUCUAAGCCAUGUGUGUCACCACUGUUAUUGAAACAUUGUGUUUAUAUGUCACGGCGAAGAAUUUCAGCCAUACAGCAAUUUAAUUUUUUCUCCCUUCAUAUACAUCCUGAUUUCUUUUUUAAAAGUAGGGGAUUGCCUUUUGCCUUUUCAUAUUAUGUACAGCAUGAGUGUAAUUCCUCUAUAAGUAAAUAUUAAGAAGGCUUUCUUGCAGUAAUAAUGCCGUCCAGUUAGUUGGUUUAUUGAAAUUAAUGUCAGAAAAGCUCAUCUUGUUUCAGUAGAUGUGACAUAUACGUUGUUUCAUGUACGAAAAAGGGGAAAAACCCCCAACCACACUGCUAUAUUUACACUAAACCAGUACAACCAAUUGAAGAGUCAUUAACCUAAACUGUGCACUAAAAUAUUGAAUUCAGAAAUUUGUCAGUUUAUUGAGAUGCAACAGUGUCCAAGAAAAUGAUGUACAUUCCCCACUUUGCUGCUUAUUGCAUCCAGUUUAUUUUUUAUUGCAAAAUAAAUUCCUGCCCUCUGGUCAA